UUUUAUUCUGUAAAUUUGUCGAUUUUGAAGCCGAGUUCCUUGAGAAUUUUUUUUACAAUUUUUAAUCUGAAUCACUGUUUUCCUUGGACAAGAAAUUUAUUUUCAGUUCAACUUUUAACCAGACGAAAAGCGUACGUUAAGGCCUAUGUACUCAGACUGAUUUCCCUCAGAAAGAAAUAUAAUUAUCCAUGAACACUUCACGUGAUAUGACACACAUCUCCACAUUAUUGGGAGCGACUAAGACAUGAUCAAAUCCACCUGACAAACGUAGAGUAAAGUUCUUAGAAAGUAAUAACGAUAAAACGUCUGCAGUGCACAUUGCAAUCGAGUGCUAAACGAUAAGGCCUGAUGUGAACCUGAAAUACCAAUGAAGAUUUGUGUUCCUUUAUUAGAACCAGUUGAUAUAGCGCAGAAUUAAACGGAGAUAGACGCCAGUACAUGAUGAAUCCGAGUGAUUCACAAGGAAUCGAUUCUGCCGGCAAUGACGCACUGGCGAGAGAACCAGUUGACACGGCACAGGAACAAAGUUCUUCCCAAAAUAUGGAUUUAGCUGACAAUGACGCGUUGACAGAAACAGCGAAAGUUUACAAAGAGCUAGGAGAUGCUGAGUUAGCCAAAGAAGAAUUCCAAAAGGCCUUAAGUUUCUACACUGAAGGGAUUAAUGUCAAGUGUAAAGAUGAACAACUGAACGUCGAGCUUUACCGAUGUAGGUGGCUCUCAAAUUGUCAUCUGGGUAAUGUUCAUGAAGCAUCUGAGGAUCUGAUACAUUUACAAGAAAUCACAGGACCAGCUGACACAACACAUAAUGAAGCGACAUUGAUGCCAGAGAUGGUGGAAUCUGACGAUGACACUCUGAGAGGUAAGGAAAUCUGAUGCCCAUAUAUACCCACAAUUGCAUAAGAUAAAAUUUUAUUUAUUGGUUGCG